UAAACACUUUAACUUCGGUUUCUUAUGGAAUACACGUCUCUGAAUUUAAUGAGACUAAAUUAUUUCAAUCAAUGAAUCUACAAAUAACUGAGCUGAGAGCGGAGCAGAAACAAUACGUUAACUUGAUUGAGGGGCUAAUGAAGGCAAUGGAUCUUCAAACACUUAAAGCGGAACAGGAAAGACAAGGAAAACUCAUAGAUGAUCUGGUUAAGGCAAUGGAUAUUCAGAAUCGUCAAGAAAAGUUUAUGAACGAUCUGGUUAAGGCAACAGAUGUUCAAAGUCUGAAGGCGGAACUGGAAAAACUAAAGAAAGAUGGAGUUGGUAUGGAGUCAAACAUUCAACUUCUCAAAGCACAACUGGAACAACAGAAGGAGGAUAGUAUUGAAAAGGAGUCGAACAUGAAACUCCUUAAAACAGAGCUUGAACAACAGAAGAAAUACGGAGUUAAAAGGGAGUCAAAUAUUCAACUCCUUAAAACAGAGCUGGAACAACUGAAAACAGAUGGCCUUGAUAAAGAAUCGAAAAUUCACUUUCUUACAGCGGAGCUGGAGCGUCUGGAUAAAUUGAUAGUUGCACCGAAUAAACAAUUAAAUAAUCAAACUCUUAGGUCGGAACAGGAACGACAAGGAAAGCUGAUUGAUGCACUUAUUAAGAAAUCUUACCCCCGUUGUACCGUCGCCAAGUCCAGUGGGAUCAAUGAAAUACUCAUCCCCAAGUUUAGCAGUCAACCUUUUAAAGUGGCCUGCGAUGCAGAAACUCGAGGAGGAGGUUGGACGAUUAUCCUGAGGAGGAUGGAUGGAACUGUCGACUUCUAUCGUAACUGGGCUGCAUACAAAGAGGGAUUCGGAGAUUUGAAUGGCGAGUUCUUCUUGGGAUUGGAUAAAAUACACGCAUUGACGGAAGAAAGGAACCAGGAACUACUUUUUGUCGUAGAAGACUUCGAGGGAAAUGAAAGAUUUGAGAUGUAUGACAACUUUGCAAUCGGCGAUGAAGAUCAACAAUAUGUCCUACGCACUCUGGGAACUGCGAGGGGAACUGCGGGUGAUUCAUUCGGUGUACAUCGUGGCAUGAAAUUUACCACCAAAGAUGAAGAUAAUGAUAAUAAGAAAGACGGAAACUGCGCCGUAGACUUCACUGGCGCCUGGUGGUACAAUGCGUGUCACAAUAGCAACUUGGCAGGGAAGUACAAUGAUAACAGCUAUGGCAAGGGCGUCAAUUGGAGCACUUUUAAAGAAUUUCAUUACUCCCUCAAAAAAGCAGUCAUGAUGAUUCGGCCAAAGAAGUAAAUUCGAAGACUCUACAAUGUUUGAAAUCUGCUCCAUCUGGUCAAAUACAUAUUGCGAUACCUCAAAAAAUAUUCUAUUACACAUGUUUGUAGAUAGUUUAAUUAUUUAUUUUUUAUUAAAUCUUUUUUUCAUGUA